AUGGGGACCGCUGACGACGCGGCGGCCAUGUUGGAUUCGGGAACCAGGAGAACUCACAAUCAUGGAACAGAUGAUUUGGAAGCCGGGAGGGUUCCAGCUGAGCUUUGCAGAUUGAUAUUGUUUGUUUUUCACUCCCUGGGUCAGACAGUAGCGGGUUUCUGGGCGCUGUUUUUCGCUACAGAACGAAUUCCGGCAAAUGGGCGGCCAUUUUGGUUUGGGGCAAUUUGGAACGCACAAAGCGGAAGUGGUUUGUGGGCGAGGGUUGGGGGUUUCCGGGUUGGGGAGGAAGGUGGGAAGUGCCUGAGGGACGAGCUGGGAGACCUCAACAUCAUCGUUGUUAAAGAAGAGGUGAAAGAGGAGGAAGUUAUGACACCGGUGACGGUGAAGGAAGAGGAAGUUCCUCCUGACCUCGGCACUGGUGGUGCAGACGGCAGGAAAACCCUUAGGAGUCAUCUUCAUUUAUCUCACGUUUCCGACUCUGAAGACGAUGACAUCAUCCAUGGCUCUCCCAGAGAAGACCCGGUCACCCCACACAAGGCCCCUAUUGAGCGACUGCCGAGCGGUACAUUAGAUACCGCCACAGCUGAUACCUCUAACCCUGAAGAGUCCUCACCCGAGGCAUCGGACCUAUUCUCAUUUUCCUGCUCGGAAUGUGGAGAAUGCUUCACGAGAUUAUCCGCUCUCCUUGAACACCAUAAAACUCACACGGGCGAGGGCUCUUUCAUAUGUUUGACGUGCGGGAAAGGCUUUAAGGCGGACUCGGAGCAAAGUUCAACAGGCAAGAGGAGUUUUUCAUCCUCUGAGUGUAAAGAAUGUCUUUUGCAGAAACCAGGUCAGGGACAGAAGAGAGCUCACCUCGGGGAGAAGCCUUUUACCUGUGCCGAGUGCAGGAGGUGUUUCGCCUGGCAGUCGGCCCUCGAUAGGCACGAACUGACCCACUCUGGGGAACGAAGGUUUCAGUGCCUAGAAUGUGGAAGAAAUUUUGAAUUCCGGUCGAAGUUCAUUCAGCACCAAAGGAGCCACACGGGGGAGAAACCUUUCCCAUGUUCAGAGUGCGGGAAAUGUUUCUCCUGCCCAUCCCAGCUUCGUAAACAUCAGAGGACCCAUUCUGAUGUCAAGUUUUCCUGUGCCGAGUGCGGCAAAUCUUUCCGGCAAAAGUCGCGGCUCCGCGCCCACCAGACCAUCCACAGAGGGGAGAAGCCCUUUGCCUGUUCAGAGUGUGGAAGAUGCUUUAUCGCCAAAGCAGACCUGGUCAGCCAUGAGAGGGUUCACACUGGGGAGAAGCCUUAUUCCUGCCCGGAGUGCGGAGAAGGCUUUGCCUGGUCUUCCCACCUCCGGAACCAUCUAAAAAUUCAUGUCAUAGAGAUGCCCUUUUCCUGUGCCGAAUGCGGGAAGGGCUUCAUGGACAAGGCCUCCCUCAUCCGACACCAGACCACUCACACGGGCGAGAAGCCCUUUACUUGCACGGAGUGUGGGAAAGGGUUCUCAGACAGGUCGUACCUGUACCGCCACCGCAGAAUCCACACGGGGGAGAAGCCGUUUUCCUGCACUGAGUGUGGAAAAGAAUUCGUAGAUAAGUCGAACUUUAUCAGGCAUCAGAGACUUCACACCGGGGUCAAACCAUUUUCCUGCUCAGAGUGCGGGAAAUGCUUCUCUCAGACAUCGCACCUCGUCAGUCACUACAGAGUUCACACACGUUGA